AUGCACUCGGCAGGAGAAAUUGGAGCCUUUUUCUUUACUUCUGCAUAUUUGGUGUGUAGAUUGGCUUCCAACUUGCCUUCUACAAUGACUGUCCCACUGAGGACUUGGAAAAUAUGUAUGCCAUAUGCAUUCUUUGGGAUACUUUUAGUGUUCUUGAUUUUGACAGCCACUGAUGACUUCCUGGCAGCCCUCAUUAAGAAAGGAACACUUCAGCCUGAGAAACCAAUACAAGUUCAUUACAAAAACUUGAGAGAUGUAGGAAGACAUUUUGAAAACUCUGAUGUUCCCAUUUUUCUAGUAGUCUCCACUGUGUUUGCUUACAUCUCCUUUGGAGCAGUAAUUCUACCAGUUUAGGAAACUAAAUUGAACUUUGAAACUGCACUUUAUGUUUGUUUUGUAUUAUUUAUCACAAUUGGGUUUGGUGCUAUCUAGUUGGAUUAUAUUGCUUUGUUCCUCCUUUGCUCCAGUUAGACUGGCACUGGCACUGAAAUUGUCUUCAUUUCUUUCAUACUGCUCCAGAAAAGAUCGUUCGAAGCUUACCAAAUUAUCAUAUUGACUAUCACACAGUGGAAAAUGCACUAG